UAGACAAUCGGUGACCUUCUUUUGACUUGACCGCCGCCACUACACAGUACAGUCGUUAUACUCAUUUUCACCAGAAGGGUUACCGCGGUAUGCUGCCCUCGCGUCUCACCAGCACGGGUUUUCCCAGAGGCCGUUUUCUGUUUCCCGUCAACCACUGAAUUCCGAGGAUCUGCUGAAUAUUUUCCGGCCGAUUUUCCCCUACAAGUUACAGAAUGCCUACUGGCGUAUGCUUGAGAUUCAAACAGAACGCCUGGAAGAAAGAAUUUUGCAGCAACUGCUACAGACUGAGAGAAGAGCACAAGAAAAACGAGGACGUCAAGAAAUUCCGUUUUCACCUCCCGCUGAAAGAAGCAUCCCAGGGAAUUCUCAACGUAGGCUCCACUAGAAAGGCACAAAAAGUAAGAAAAACUGUGAGAUUUACUAAAGAAGAAAGUGAAGUAAUAGGUUAUGGAGGAUUAGAGACUGUCACUGAUGAUGAUGACGAUGACGAUGAUUUUGAUAAUUUAGACAUAGAAAAUUUUGAGCCUGGAAGAAAAGACAGUACAGAAUCUGACUUGCCCGGCGAUGAUGAAAAAGCAUUAGAAAAGCUCACAAAAAUAAAUACAAACUUCAAUUCCAAUCUUGACAAUUUGUCCACUAAAAAGUCUCCGCAGAAGUUUAAUACGCUUCCGAAAGACAAGACAUUAAGACCAAUAGUACCAUCUAUCACAUAUUCUUUUAUUACAAAUGAAAAUAAUUUUGUAAAUAAUAUUGAAGUAGAAGAAAACGCACAAACUCAAUCUCUUCCAGUCACUGAAAAGGCUUCUCCUGAAGAGAGUAAACUCAAAUGUGAUAUCAACAACCCUAAACUUGACUCUGAUACAAAAAUCAAAACUAUCAUUAUAAACGGUAAAAAAGAAGAGAAGGUGAAUCCAGAAAGAAAAGCACAGAUCACACGAGGAAGUGUAAUAACAAAAUCCCACGAAGAAGCCAAGAAGAAACUCUGUAUUCAAAAUAUAAAAAAAGGUGAAAAACGCAACUCCCUCCUGGAGAAUGAAAUAGACGAAGGACAAGAAGGAAACAAUAUUGAGGUUGUCAAGUGCCAAACAGUAGAAGAAAAAAAUGUUAAAAAUGUGCAAGAUUCACCAUCACCAAAACCGGUUCUUGAAGAUCUUUCGACAUCCGUUGCAGAAAAUCACAAAAUGACUCUAGAGCCAGUAACGCAUAUUGGUUGUGAAAUACUUCCUGAGACUCGAGAAAUGGCUGGCGAGCCAGAUGGCAAAGCUGAUUCAGAUGAAAUCGAGAAAGUUACACCUCCUCCAAGAUCUUCUUUUCUUCACAGAGAAAACACACCUUCAUCACCACCAAAAAAGAAGAUACCAUUACCAGAUUUAAGAGUCAAAACAGACAAUGCUCUUACACCUCCGCCUCCUGCCCAACCGCCAAAACUUAAAGUGCCUGAUUCCCCUCAGAGUUUAAAUUCCACACCUGCAUCACUUCCUUACCCAUGUUCUGACAUUCCGUCUCAGCCCUUGGAGACAAACAACCCAAUCCUGCAAGAAGUUAAGUGUAAGAGACUCGCACCAAAGCCUCCCGUCAACGUUACUCCUGAACCCCACCCAAGACGGAGGAAUUCUCUCGAAGUUAUUACACCCACUCUAUCAGAAAAGAAGAAAACGAGAGUGCGACAGACUCUGAAAAAGCUAUGGUGGUUUGCGAACAAGGAGGAGGAGUCGCCAAAAUACGAAAACUUCUAUAUUCCAACUCACAGGCCUCGACCGCAAAUCAUUCACCCUUUGGAUCUCAACAAGACAGGGGUACAAGUCCUCCCGCCUCAGUCGACUGUACCAAAUGGUUUGCAAAAUGGAACUGCAAGGAGUCCAGGUCGACCAAAUAAACCUCCGCCACCACCUAGAAACGAAUCCUUGAAUUUGUUAGAAAGACUGAGGCCAGCCCAAAAUUCCGAAAAUGUGUAUCAAAACAUAGGCGACGGAGGUACCACGGGUAGUGCACCAGUGAAACCGCAACGUUCUGGUAGUCUGAGGUCUAGAACAAAACAGAUUGAGGGGGAAGACAAUAUUUAUGAACAGAUUGAAGUCGACAGAUCUGUUAAAAAGCAGAGUUAUUCCGACCCUAAUAUAGAUAUCUACUAUCCAUAUGUGGCGUUCAAGAGGGAUGAAGACAAAGCACAAUAUGAAAGAGGCGUUGUGCAUUCUACCUUAGAAGGAAAUUACAGUGCCGUUGUUAUUGCCAAUUUAGAAGCUUUGACAAACAUGCUACAUCAGGUCAACAACAAAAUUAACGAAGUGCCAAAAUUUGUUAAAGACUGUGAUAAUUUACUAUGGAAAUCAUUCGACUUAGAAGAUAAACCUGUUGUAACUAUCGGCCAAUUUUCUUUCUUCGAGGCAAAAUUAAAUCUUGACCUUGUGACACUCGGCGUCACAAGGGAAGAUUUGUCGCUUCCAGAUGUUUUACGUCCAGCCACCGUGUUCAAAGACGUUGUUCCUACAGAACUGCUACAAAACGACAGUGAUAAAAAAAGUACAAUUACCGUUCUACAGAGAUUACUAAGGAUACAUAAUGCGUUGGACUAUUUCGAGAAACUCGAUAAGUCACCGGAAGGCAUAAGGGAGGGUGUGCUUGUCCUUCUCAAGAUCCUAAAUUUCAUUAACACAGGAAAAGACACAUUAUGCAUGGAAAAUUUUCUGGUCUUUUCUGCUGAGGAUGAGCCAACUCCAACCCCUUGUUAUUUGCCAUCAGAAAAUGAAAGUAUGCCCAGCAAGGAAGCCGUGCUCUCAUUGGUCAGCCGUUUCCUGAAAGAUUUGCCAUUGGAAAAUGUACUGACUAAGUGCAGCGUUAGCGAGAUGGAACAAGUCCUGCAGGUUUGGCUCUGGGGCCCGACCAAAGUCCUUUCAAACUUCACCCUUCAGCACUGGCUAGAUCUCGAGAGGGCGAAAUUUCUCCAGGCCGUCGUGUGCAGCAACCCGUCGACCCUUCAAAAGGAACAUCUCAAGUUCCUCGUUCAAACCUCCACGCCUUUCAUUAGCAAAGCUUUAAACAUCCUUCAUAAGAAUUGAUGUACAAAUUAUUUUAAUUUAUUUUUUAUCAAAGUGCAAAAUGAAACUGUAUCGUAUUACAUUUAUUUUUUUAUA